GUCCCGGGCAGCCAGCGCCAGUCGGAGCCAGUGCGAGCUGCCGCAGCCGCUGUCACUGCCGCCGCCAUCACUGCUACUGCCAAGUCCUCCGCCCGCUGCCCCCGCCAUGUCUGCUACCGCUGCCACCGCCCCCCCUGCCGGCCCGGCCGGGGAGGGUGGCCCCCCUGCACCGCCUCCAAACCUCACCAGUAACAGGAGACUGCAGCAGACCCAGGCCCAGGUGGAUGAGGUGGUGGAUAUCAUGAGGGUGAAUGUGGACAAGGUCCUGGAGCGGGACCAGAAGCUAUCGGAGCUGGAUGACCGUGCAGAUGCACUCCAGGCGGGGGCCUCCCAGUUUGAAACAAGUGCAGCCAAGCUCAAGCGCAAAUACUGGUGGAAAAACCUCAAGAUGAUGAUAAUCUUGGGAGUGAUUUGCGCUAUCAUCCUCAUCAUCAUCAUCGGUGAGUGGGGUAGGAGUGGCCUAGGGCCCUUUUUCUGGAGAGGUUUCCCAAGUAGAUUCUGGGUUUUGAAGGUCAUUAACCUAGUUUUUAUGCUUCAGCACACAUUUCAGUGCUAAUAACAAAUCUGAUUCAUCUAGAGCCAAAAACCUUCAUGUUGUGUAGCCUGGUUCUGGCCAGUUCCUGUUAAGAUUUUGGAAACAGGAAAACUGGGUGGAUCCUCAGUGCUCCAUUGGGCCUAAGAAACCCAGUUUGGGAGCCCUGGAAUUGGGGAGUAGAAGACAAGAAAGACCCAGGGGCUUGGUACAUGACCAGGAAGUCAACUGUGCGGCUUUUUGAGAGUUUGUGGUCUCACAGGCCCAGAAGAUUAGGGGUCUUUGUCCUCAUGGGCAUAUUGUGGAGCUGAAGGGACCUUGGAACCCACAGGUCCAGCACCUUUGUUUUACAGAUGGAGAAACAGAGGCCAAGAGGGGAAGGGACACCAGCCAGCUGGGGAGCGGGGAGGCUUGGAACAGGGCCAGGCCUGACACACUGCUUUCUUUCUCUUUCUCUUUCUCUCUCUUCCCUCUCCCUCAUCUUUCUUCUCUUACUCUCUCUCCACAGUUUACUUCAGCACUUAAAUUCCCGAGGAGUCUGCCCGCCUAGAGAAGGGCCUCUCCCCUCCCCCCAGCCGUUCCUCCACCUCUCAGCCAUAUCUCUCAGACCCCCUCCCCUGGAUCCGUGUGUGUGUCCCCGUGUGCGUGCCCCCUGUAAAUAGCCAGCUGUUAUUUAUACAUAUAUAAUAUUAUAUAUAUUUGGUCUGUUUGUAGUUUUAUUACUAGAAGAUUUUUCCGGUUGUCCUUAACACCCCUUCCUGAGGUUUCUAUCACCUUCUUGCUCUCUCUUUCCCCUGCCUUCCCUUUCCCUCUCUUCCUCAUUAGCCUCACGUCCCUUCAUUUGCAUCUGCUAUGCAAUAGUCCCUCUCCUCUUCUUCUUCCCUUGGAUUUAACUGACCCUUCUUGCCCCUACUUCCCCCAUGCAAUCCCCUCCAAAACAAAAACACCCAUCCAGGCCUCCCUAGGUGCAUCUUUGCAUCCUUUGGGAGGCUCUGAGACUGGCCCCACUUGGUCCUAAGAAUCCCAAGUUCUUCUGGGGGUGUCCAGCAUGUUAGCGUAUCAUUUGCAUAUAGACAUCCCUUUUUGUUUCCUUUUCUGUUACAUCACUUUUCUCUUCUCAACCUGUUUUUUACUGAGGAGUUGUAGUCCCCAUUGGUCCUCGUGUCACACUUUCAUUUGCACGACAUUGGGGAGCCUGGGCUUUUGGGGAACCAGGCUGCUCUAGCCUCCAGAAUUGCCCCUUCCUAGCCCCUCUAGUCCAGUUUGCCUCCCCUAUCCCCAUUUUCCAAACCUCUUGUAUCCUUCUCUCCCUCCCCCCAGCUGGUAUGUAAGUGUCUUGGAGUUUCAGUGUGUUAUGAUGGACCAAUAAUUCUGCCCUUUGGGGUCUCUCCCUACAUUCCCGCUCCCCAGUUUUCAUGUGGGGCACUCAACUGACAUUCCCAUGGGGUCUCCCUCCCUCCCAUCUGCCUGAUCUACCCCCUCCUCCUGCAAGGAGAGUUGGGGGUUGGCCACAAUCUGAUCUCUUUGGGAGGGGUGGCUACCAGUGUAUGUGUGUAUGGGUCAUCACUGCCUUGGGGAGGAGUGGGACAAGGCAGAGAAUCCCCCAAUUCCUGCCUGAAAUCUCUGGCCUCCCCCCUGCUAGAGGUUGGAUUGAAAACCUUCCUCUCCAAUUUGGGGGAUGUUACCCCCAUCACUGCCCAACUCCUCUGACUGCCCCCCUGUAUUCAGGGUGGAGGUACUAGUCACUGCCAAUGUGUGUAUGGGACUUGCUGGAUGAUGGAGAUCCUCACCCCUCUCCAGGGCUGUUGAGCCCAGAGAGAGAGCCGGCCCCUCAUUGGGUGAAGUGAUAGAGGAAGGGUCUGAUGUCUUUUUAAAUGGCACAGUUUUAGGGGUCUGAGGGUGCAGUCCCUUAACCUACCACUGGAGGGGACCCCUGAACUCUUUCUUCCCCCCACACUCCAGGUUUUUGGUGUGGAGGGGGAGCAGGGAGAUUUAAACUGUCUUGUGAAAUGGUAGGAGAGAUGCUGGGGGUGGGGGUGCUGUGUUCUAGACCCCCCCAUAUUAUCCCAGUGUCCCCUGCCUUCCCUCUAACCCCACCCCAUGCCCCCAAUUCUGUGGCACAUCAGAUUGUGAAAAUGUACAAUAAAUGUGUAAUGAGUAACCACGUAUUGGUGUAAGGUUUUCUUUUCCCCCUGUGGUACUGGGCCUUGAACUUAGGGCCUCCUGCUUGUUAGGCAAGUGCUCUACUACUUGAGCCAUACCCUAACUAGUAAGAAUUUUUCUUAAUCCGUGGUAAGGUAUUGUAUCUGCAGGUAUAAUGGGAGGGGUCUGGGCUUUACAGGAGACCCUAACCUUAAGUGUGAUUCCCAAAGUGACUAUGGCUGGGGGGCAGAGGGAGCAUUAGGAGUUGCGAAUGGGGAAGUAACACUAGGACCCUUAUGUCAACCUGGUGAACUCCACUUCCCCUUUUCUCCCUGUAGAUUUAACUUCUGCAUAGUCCGCAAUUGCUCUUGUGGUCAUUCCUCCUAGGCCUGAAGUAGAGGCCAUUUCUGUAAAGUAUCUUCUUCUCUGUAGCAUGUUGCCAACAUCUAGAGGUCUUAAUAAAUAAAAUACUUGUUGAAAGACUUGAUGGAGUCCCAGCUGAAUAUGGCAUGGAGCUGGCUGUAGAUGGCGUAGUACUGUUGUCCUCUGUGUUGUAUGACUUGUGACUCUAGACACUACCCUAAACUUGAGGUUCAUUUGGUCCCUGAUGUGGCACCACAGCAUCCCUGUCCCUAGGCACUUCAACAAUGAGCAGAGGCUCUUAGUUGACAUCUGGAGGUCCAACCUGUCAAGGAUGCAGCACUUAGAUCCAGCUAUACAGAAAACAUAGG